GAGAACGGCUUGAGCGGAUACCAGGUUGUGACAGAGUAACUAUGAGCAACUUUCCUCCCGGCUGGUUUUAUAUCCAAUCAAGAUGCGAACACAAGAUGGUGAUCGACGUUGAAUGGGAUUCCAUUAAAUCCGCAGCCAGAAUCGUCGUCUGGCCCAAGAAGGAAAAGUUAAACGAUAACCAGCUGUGGAGCUAUGAUGGCGGCUACUUGAUCAACAAGAAUUCGGGUUUAGUUCUGGACGUGCAUGGAGGAGUCCUUCAGAAUGAUCGCCAGAUUGUACAGCAGAAACGCAAGAUGGUGGAGGGCAAUAACGAUCAAAAAUGGUUCUACCGAGAGGAUGGCUAUCUCUAUCCUCGGAACGACCCUAAUCUUGUGCUGGACAUUCGGGGCAAUUCGCUCAAACCAGGGGCUCAGGUUCUCCUGUAUAACCGCAAAUACGAAGAUAAUAUAAAUCAAUUGUGGGACUUGGUCACUGUGUCCACUAGCACAUUAUCACCAACUGAACAAUCACAGACAGAUGACGAAGCAGAGGACGAUUAUUCCUUCUCAAAUGCUACUUAUGACCUGUAGAUGGCGCACGUUGAGCAUGAUUUGAUAUUUUGUUUAUAGUUUUUUUUUUUAUCUUGGACGCUAUCCACCUACUUUUUUGAUACCAAAGGUCCUUUUAUACCAAGGUUUAAUGAUAUGUUUUUUUCCAAUUUGCGUAAAAAAAUAUAAAGUUUGAGA